AUGACGAUCGCCAAUUUCCUUCUAAACACUGGUCGCCUUUCACCAGCCAUUGAGUUGUGUAAGGAAUGUCUGAGUUUACUAGACAGUCGGGCGCUUGAUGAGAUUGGAGAUGCAGUGGAUUACCGAAUCCUUGGAACUCUGCACCAAUCGGUUGGUGAUUAUAACAAGGCUCAAGAAUAUUACAAGAAAGCACUUGCUAUCAAAAUGGAAAUUGGUGACAGAGGGGGAGAAGCAGUGGAUCACGGAAAUCUAGGAACAAUGUUCCAAUCGCUUGGUAAUUAUAAAAAGGCACAAGAACAUUACAUGAAAGCACUUUCCAUCAGAACACAAAUUGGUGACAGAAAGGGAGAAGCAGUGGUUUACAGAAACUUAGGAACCUUGUUCCAAUCGCUUGGUAGUUAUAACAAGGCACAAGAAUAUUACAAGAAGGCACUUGCUAUCACAAUAGAAAUUGGUGACAAAGGGGGAGAAGCAGCGGUGUACGGAAAUCUAGGAACAAUGUUCCAAUCGCUUGGUAAUUAUAAAAAGGCACAAGAAUAUCACGAGAAAGCACUUUCCAUCAGAACACAAAUUGGUGACAGAAAGGGAGAAGCAGUGGUUUAUAGAAACCUAGGAACCAUGUUCCAAUUGCUUGGAGAUUAUAACAAGGCACAAGAAUAUUACAAGAAGGCACUUGCUAUCACAAUAGAAAUUGGUGACAAAGGGGGAGAAGCAGCGGAUUAUGGAAAUAUAGGAACAAUGUUCCAAUUCCUUGGUAAUUAUAAAAAGGCACAAGAAUAUCACGAGAAAGCACUUUCCAUCAGAGCACAAAUUGGUGACAGAAAGGGAGAAGCAGUGGUUUAUAGAAACCUAGGAACCUUGUUCCAAUCGCUUCAUAAUUAUAACAAGGCACAAGAAUAUUACAAGAAAGCACUUGAAAUCACACUGGAAAUUGAUGACAAAGGGGGAGAAGCAAUGGCUUACGGAGACCUAGGAACAGUGUUCCAAUCGCUUGGUAAUUAUAACCAGGCGCAAGGAUAUCACGAGAAAGCACUUGCUAUCAGACUGGAAAUUGGUGACAGAAAAGGAGAAGCAGCGCAAUACGGAAACCUAGGAACAGUGUUCCAAUCGCUUGGUAAUUAUAACAAGGCGCAAGAAUAUCACGAGAAAGCACUUGCCAUCAGACUGGAAAUUGGUGACAGAAAAGGAGAAGCAGCGGAUUACAGAAACAUAGGAACAGUGUUCCAAUCGCUUGGUAAUUAUACCAAGGCACAAGAAUAUUAUAAGAAAGCACUUGUCAUCAGAAUGGAAAUUGGUGACAGAAAGGGAGAAGCAGUGGAUUACGGAAAUCUUGGAACGGUGUUCCAAUCGCUUGGUAAUUAUUACAAGGCACAAGAAUAUUACAAGAAAGCACUUUCUAUCAGACUGGAAAUUGGUCACAGAAAAGGAGAAGCAGCGGAUUACGGAAAUCUAGGAACAGUGUUCCAAUCGCUUGGUAAUUAUAAAAAGGCACAAGAAUAUUACAUGAAAGCACUUGCUAUCGGACUGGAAAUUGGUGACAGAAAAGGAGAAGCAGCGGAUUACGGAAACCUAGGAACCGUGUUUCAGUUGCUCGGUAAUUAUGCCCAGGCCCAGGAAUAUUACAAGAAAGCACUUGCUAUCACAAUGGAAAUUGGUGACAAAGGGGGAGAAGCAGCGGAUUACGGAAAGUUGGGAACAAUGUUCCAAUCGCUUGGUAAUUAUAAAAAGGCACAAGAACAUCACGAGAAAGCACUUUCCAUCAGAAAACAAAUAGGUGACAGAGCAGGAGAAGCAGAGGAUUACAAGAACCUUGGAAUAGUGUUUCAAUCGCGUGGUAAUUAUGACAAGGCACAAGAAUAUUACAAGAAAGCACUUGCUAUUAGAUCGGAAAUUGGUGACAGAGAAGGAGAAGCAACGGAUUACGGAAAUUUAGGAAGACUGUUUGAUUUACUCGGUGAACAUGACAAGGCUCAAGAACAUCUAGAGAAAGCACUACGAAUUAGUAAGGAAAUUUGCAACAGAAAUCUAGAAGCAAGUUGUUAUGCAAACCUUGGAGCUUUUUUUCUGUCACUCGGAAAAUACCCUAGAGCAGAUAAAUAUCUAGUACAAGCAUUAGCAAUAGCAAAGGAAAUUGGCGAUAAACAUGGAGAGGCAGCAGUUUACAGUAAUUUUGGGAGAAUUUCUCACCAUCUUCAUGAUUAUGAAAAAGCUCAAGAAUAUCACAAGAAAGCCCUUGCAAUCUAUGAGGAAAUUGGCGGCAGAGAUGGAGAAGUAGUCGAAUACGCAAGUUUGGGGGUAUGUUUCCAAUCACUUGGCAUAUAUAACGUGGCCGAAAAAUACAUCAAGAGGGCCUUAUUAAUAAGCAAGAAUAUUGGACACAACUUUAAUGAAUUUAGCUGCCUUUGUCAACUAGCACAGUUGAAGCUAUCACAAUUUAAUCUCAAAGAAGCCAUAUCAUAUCUUUUUCAGUGCAUUGGAAAAUUCGAUACGUUGCGAGGUUUCCUUAAAGAUAACGAUCAGUUUAAGACUUCUCUUUUAGAGAAGCACGGCAAUUUUCCAUACAAGUUGCUCAGUAAAUUGCUUUCUUCUACCGGAAAGACAAGAGAUGCUCUUUAUGUUGAGGAGCUGAGACGGGCAAGAGGCCUCGCCGACUUCAUGGCAGCCAAAUACUCUGUUGAAGAGUUGAUCUCAGGCAACCCACAGUCAUGGCAUGGCAUUCAAACCAUCAUUACAAAAGAAACAAACUGUACAUGUCUUUACAUUUCAGUUGAAAAAGAACACGCACGGUACUGGAUUCUCAAAGCAUCAGGAGCCAUUCACUUCUCACGAAAGAAAGUGAGUCUGGAGAAACGUGUGGUGACCAGAUUAGUUCCUGAUUUGGAUCAGUAUUUCACAGAAAGCUUUCGCAGCCUUGGCAUUCUACUUCAACAGAAUUGCGAAGAUCGUUCAUUAGAUGACACCGAAUCAAUGCUACCUCACUAUGACCAAGACAAUCGCGGGCUCAUGCGUGAUUUUGAUCCGAAAGAUUUUAAAACGAAUCUUCAGUCGUGUUACGAGAUAAUCAUCGCUCCCGUGGCCAGUUUACUGAAGGAGCCCGAGAUUUUAAUUGUCCCUGAAUCCUGGUAUGAUCCUAUCACAUUUGGAAUGAAAGUCUACCCUGAGCGAGUCUAA